GCUCUAUAGAGGUAUCCAUCGAUGUCAACUAAUCUACCUAUCUAAGUAGUUAGAAAUUCCCGGAGACUUUCGGAAACUAAGUCUUUCCGAGGGGGUUCGGUGGUUCUAUUCUUUGCAUCGUGUUAAAGAUACCUACCUAGGUAGCUAUGAUGGAUCGAUUACGUAACGCACAUAUCCCAUAAAACACAUUAAGUCUCAGCUUGGAGAUCAUCACCUCCCCCAUACCUAUAUAAACAACUCAUCCGUGUUUUCGAAACGAAUAAACAUCUCAUCUUCUCAGACUUAUAUAUAUACCAAAUAGUAGUUUUACUUCAGAGAAUAACUUCACGACAAUGGCGGACGGCAAGCCCACUCUCCACUACUUACAAGACUCACAAGCCCAUCUUGUUCUCUGGGUUCUGGAAGAAUUGGGGAUAGAAUACCACCUGGUACUUCACAACCGCAUAGCAGCGCGUUCGCCCCCAGAACUCAAAGCUGUGCAUCCCCUCGGCAAAUCACCCACACUCGUCACACCCUCCGGCCGCGUGAUAACCGAGCGCAGUGCUAUUACACUAUGGCUGCUCAACACUUACGACAAAGCGGGCCGUUUCCGUAUCCCUUCAUCUCCCACGGGUGAGGGGACAGAAGACGAUGAUGUAGUCCGGGAGGAACAGUUAAUCUCCCUGGGCGGCGCCACAUUAGGCCCACUACUUAUGAUGAAACUUAUCUUCGAGCUCUUAGUCCGCCGCGCACCAUUCUUCGUGCGCCCACUGGUUGCAGGUGUGCGGUACGCAUUGAACAGCGCGUUUUUAGAUGCGGAGCUCGCGCAUGUAGUCGGGUAUCUCGACUCCGAACUCGCUGCGAAAGACGGGAAGGGCAGUCGGAAAUGGUUCUUAGGUACUGAGGAACCGACGCGUGCGGAUUUCUCGACGUUGUGGUAUCUCGAUUGGGCGAACCAGUGGGGGUGGAUUGAUAUGGAGAAGUAUCCGAGAUUGAAGGAGUUUCAUGCGAGAUGUUUGGAGAGACCAGCUUGGAAGAGGGCGUUGGAGAAGGGGAAUGGGUAUAAUUUGAAGUUUUGGUGACGUAGGGGGCUGGAGAUUUGAAGGGGUGGCAUAAUGUAUAUUGGUCUGAUAUGGUACAUAUGUAUGAAUAAUACCCUGCUCUAAUUAUGUAUGUACCUACCAUAUACCAGUGGCGCUUUGUACAAUACUAGUAUCGAAGUAGUUUACCAUAUUCAGUUCAGUUUUCUUCAAUUGCCUAGAUGAGC